CUGGAUCAAAGUAAACACACCGUGUUCCCGCUAGAUAUCGCUAAGCAAGACCAUUUUAAUAAUCGGCAAUGGAAUCUUUUGCUUAUUUUUCUUCUCUCUCUGGAUGCCGCCAUGGCGCCAUGUUACCUUACCUCUUGCGCGUCCGGCGGUAGGGCUGCGACCUGAUUAUAUAAUCGGUGCAUGCCACCCCCUCGUUUAUUCUUCCAGCUCCCGGCCACCAUCCAUUGUCAGCCUCUCAAGAUCCAAGAAGUCCUCCCUCACUAGCGGUGUACGGUGCCGUGUGUGUAGUAAGUUGGUACGUACGUGAUGGGCGACGACGGCGCCAAGGCGGUCACCACGACGAUCGUGCGGCUGCGGGAGCUGCUGCACAAGUGGGCGCUCGGUGCCAGAGGCGACGCCGACGACGGCGAGGAGGAGGAGGAGACGCACGCGCCGGCGGCGGGGGCGGGAGCGGGAGCGGGAGGUGCGCCGCCGUCGAUCCCGCCGUUCGUGCUGCGGCGGCUAACGAGGACGGUGACGGUGGACUCGGACGACGAGAGCUGCCACAGCCCGGAGGCGGCGCCGGACGUGCCCAGGGGUUACUGCCCGGUGUACGUGGGGCCGGAGCAGCGGCGGUUCGUGAUCCCGACCGGCUACCUGGGGCACCCCGUGUUCCGGCUCCUCCUGGAGAAGGCCGAGGAGGAGUUCGGGUUCCGGCACGAGGGCGCGCUGGCCAUCCCCUGCGACACCGAGGCCUUCAAGUACAUCCUCCAGUGCGUCGAGCGCCACGACAAGGGCCUCGCCGCCGACGACGUCGACGUCGACGAAGAAGGGAACCUGCGCACUGUGCUAGAGCCAGCGUCGUCAGUUCGUGAUGUUUCGUAGAUAGUGUCUGUAAUGCUGUAAUUUCUGUCUAUUUUUUCUAAGGAAAGACCUAAAUAUACGAUCAAGAAUUAAAUUGAUCCGUCAAAGUAGUUUGUGUGUAACUGGUUGUGAUCUAAGUAUGUUAGUACAGUUUGUAAUGGUAAUUGUUCUGGCUUUGCUGA